GGUGUCUGCUCUUCAACUGGAUGUCAAUUAGUGGACAACUUUCACGGGUGAGCAGCUGCACACGGCACACAGACUGUUGUCUUGCUUGUUCGGAAGAUUAAAGAUGGAGUGGCGCCAGCAGACCAGUGUCAGCUGUGCAGACGCCUUCACCGAGGCUCAGCGCUGGAUUGAGGAAGUGACUGGAAAACCAUUUGGCUGUAAUGAUUUCCGUGCUGCCUUGGAGAAUGGGGUCUUGCUUUGCGACUUGAUUAAUCAGCUGAAACCUGGAAUCAUUAAGAGGGUGAACAGACUUUCUACUCCCAUUGCUGGUCUGGAUAAUGUCAGUGUCUUCCUGAAAGCUUGUGGAAAGCUCGGACUGAACGUCUCUCAGCUGUUUCAUCCUGGAGACCUGCAGGACCUGUCAACUCGAGCGACACUCAAGCGAGAUGAAAGCAACAGAAGACUCAAAAAUGUCCUGAUAACAAUCUUCUGGUUGGGUCGUAAAGCUCACUUGGACGCUUUCUAUAGCGGCCCUCAGCUUAACUUCAAGGCCUUUGAAGGGCUGUUAGGGCUGGCCUUGUCCAAGGCUCUGGAUGAGGGCGGUAAUGUGUUUGUGAAAGACAGCUGGGACCAGGAGAAGGAGUACCUGGGUAAGGGGCCGAGCUAUAAGAUGGAGAAUUCUUUAGACAGCAUCGACUCUGUGGACUCUCAGGCCCUCCGUCCAAACAGUGAGGGCUGUGGAAGUGACGCAGAAGCUGAGCAGGUGUUCAAGAUGGAGAUGGCACAGCACUCGACCCACCAGAGCAAGGGUUAUGUCCCCCCACCACACCUACAGAAACAAGGGCAGGAGCAGAACGGAGCCCUUGCAAGGAGCAAAUCACUGACUGACAUCCCAAUGGUGUACCCUGUGAGGAAAGUUCCAGACAGGCACACUAUGUUUAACUCUCUGGACAAGGAUGCUGGCAUGGCACAAGACUGGAAUCAAGAAAACAAACGCAAGUGUAGCGAGGCUGCCAAGGACAGUGAAGAGCAGUGGCAGGAUGACCUGACAAAGUGGAAGAACCGUCGCAGGAGCACCAAGUCUGACUCCUAUAGAAAGUCCCAGGACAGAGAGCAUGUCAUAAGCCAGAUGGUUAAUGGGGUUGGAACUACUUUUGACAGAAAUGGAGCACAAGGCGGACUGCUGAAGAGAGACCAACAGUCACUGCGCAGGCAUUACCCUGGCCCCAGUCCUUACCCUGCCCCUAGUCCUUACUCCUCCUCUUCUCCAUCAAAAUCAUCAAGUCUUGAUCUGAAGCCACGUAGGCAAGCUCUGCUGACCCGCAGCUACGCCACUGAGACACCUUACAGCCCCACAAGUCCUCUGAACACCCACAUCUCAACCCACUCUCUGGGGUCCUCAGUUGGAUCCAUGCCUGCUUCUGAUGCGAUCAUCCUGGGAGAGGAGACCCCUAUCGCCUCCCUGGCCUCAAAUGGAGCAGGAGUUACCACACCUUCUCCAGACUGUCCCUUCAGCUCCCAGACCCCCAUCAGAGCCCAGGGCUGCCUGGAUCCUUCCCAGCCCACAUCUGAAACAACCCAGUCAGAAAACAUCCUCACAAACCAAAUCUCCACCUUGAUCACAACUUUACAGCCAAGCAAUACCACAGGGCCAACCUGCUCCAGGAUUACAUCCUGCAUUGAUCCAGAAGCUCAAACUCUUUGCUCAAAAGCGGUCGAUCCUUCCGAUGACCUGUCAUAUCAGAACCACAAGUCCCAGGAGGAUACCCAGAAGACACUUUAUGACCCAGCUGUGGAGCAAAGCCAAGGCCUGCAGGCUGCAGGAAACUACAAGUACUUUCCUAGAGCUGGAUCUUGGUCUGGCUCAGCCAGCCUGCCUCGUGGAUACAGGAGGUCCGAGGGUUCAUCCCGUCUCUCAUCUGCAAUCACAGCAAGACCCUUUGGAAGCAAACAGUCAAGGGUGUCCUCACUGCCAAGACUGUGCAAUGUAGACAGCCACCAGGGUCUGCUGUUGAAAUGUGAGAAAGAGGAAUAUCUUUCUCCACCAGCUGAAUCUUUUCUCAAAAGGCAGACUGCGACCAUUCAUCUGAAGGCUCCGUUCCAGAAAGAGCAUCAGGGACAGCAUAAUGGUACAGAUCAGGGGAAGGAGGUAAAAGGUGCCAUUUUACCAAGUCAGACCUCCUUCCAGACCAACGGCUAUCACCAACAGCCCUCUAGCCAAGUCCAGCUCCUACCGACACCUUAUUCAAACCAGCAGGCCCACCACAACAAAACAUCCAGCCUCACUACUAAUGCAAGUACUGACUUCUCAAAGGUGGAUCACAGUGACAUGAGAGUGAGCCUUACACUCAAACCCAACAGUGUACCAGACUUUGGUUUCCAGACGCACCGGGACUCCAGAGGGGUGAGAGUCAAAUUCAUCCAACCAGGCAGCCCAGCAGAGCUGUGCCAGCUGUGUGUGGACGAUGAGAUUGUGGCUGUUAAUGGGGUUGCAGUGGCAUACAUGAACUAUACCCAGUGGAAGGAUAAAAUGACGUCCUCCCUGCAAACUGGCAGUCUGACCAUGGACAUCCGGCGCUAUGGCAACAAGGAUUGGAGCACCAGAGAGAGAAGUCGUCACAACCAGCCGGGCCAUAGCAGGAUGACCCUCAAUUUGACUUCCGCAGCACCCGUUCUGAUAGGUUGUCCCGAUCACCAUGCCAACAGUGGUGCUUCUUCAGACACCACAGUGAAAGUGUCAAAAAUCAAUGGGCAGACUGACGAUGUUAUGCAGGGUAAAGUCAUGAACGGAGAGCUCGCAGACAACUACAGGACAGCCAGAACUAAAGGAGGUUCAGAAUCUGCAAUAUCUGAUCUCCAGGUGCCAUCCCUCAGCCCCUCCUCCUCCAGCUGGUCAUGGGACCACGAAGAGGAUCGAAGGCGUCAGGAGAAGUGGCAGGAAGAACAGGAGCGCCUCCUACAGGAGCAGUACCAGCGGGAUCAGGAGAGGCUGGAGGCUGAGUGGCAGAGAGCUCAACGAGAUGCAAUGGGGCAGCAGAGUACUGUUGCUACUGAGAUGAGCAAAGGUAGCAAGAGCUCUCCCAACACUGUGCUCCAUGUAAACGGGCUGACAAAUAAAACAAGAGAAGAAGAGCAAAGCCCCAGGAAACAUGAGCUGGAAGAAACAGGAUCAAACACUCAAUGUGAUGCAGAAGGAGUGCAGAAGGAGAAGAUUAAUGAACAAGGCUGGGCUGAAGACUCAUGCGGCUUUGCUCAGCUGUCGCCUGCACACAGGGCUAAGUCCUUGUCUACUCCUUCAUUAGCCGGCACUCACAAACAGCCCAAAGGUGAACAGAGGAAAAGCCUAGGCCACUCUGUGUCUCAGGUGGAGAAAGAGAGGCAGCAGAUUCUGGAGGAGAUGAAGAAAAGGACUCAGCUUCUGACCGACAACAGCUGGAUACGUCAGCGCAGCAGCAGCUUUUACAAGGAGCCCAUCUAUCUGGGGGUUCCUCUGAAGAGGUACGAGUCUCUGGAUAACCUGAACACUUUCCGCCAGUCGCCAGUUUCAAGCACUCCAUUCAGCUAUCCUCGUCCACACUCGGCUGCAGCUGGUUACUGUGCUCCCACCAGGAACUCAUCCUCCCGCUACAGCACUGGGAGUACCCUAUUCCAGAGAAAUAUGGCCAUGGAGCCCUACCAUCACAGCAGGAUCAGUGGCAGGAGGACCUGCAGUGUCUGUGAGCGUCUCCUGGGUAGUGGGGCAGCCAUGGUCAUAGAGACCCUUAGCCUCUGCUUCCACCUCGCCUGUUUCCAGUGUGUGGGCUGCCAGCAACACCUCGGAGGAAGUGAGACUGGAGUCCAGGUUCGAGUCCGAAACAGGAAGCCCUACUGUGAGCCCUGCUAUUUUCAACUCAAGUCCCCUUCUGCCCCGUCCAUGUAAGCAACACACCUCUCUGAGGAUUACUGAGUAGCAUGAGGAACAUAUCUGGUGGAUAAAACUGCAAGAACACUGGGAAGCAUCACCCACACAGCCAAGUCAUGACUUUUACAUCCCACAGUAACUGCAGAAGAAUAUGUAAACUCUAUGAUGUAAAUGCAGGUAAAUGAUAUUUUUAACAGCUGUUUUCUGUCAAAGAUGGCUGACUGACUAGUUAUUUGUUUGUCCUUCUGCUCUUCAGUUUUCGGGGAAAUUAAAUAAAAGAAAUAAAGUGCUAAGAAUAAUUAUUAGUGUUCGAUAAAUGCUGUAAUUUUAAUGCUAGUGUUGCUGUUUGUCUGAUAUUUUUCCAAUAGUGCAUUAAAGAGAUCAGCUUUUCCUCAUUAAUGUAUAAAGGCACCUUUUAACCUACCAUCUACACUAAAGCACUUUCCUCUCUGUUGUAAUCUCACCAAGUGCACUCUGGGAUUAAUCUGUGGUUUGACACAUGUAUCUCUAACAUAAAAUCAUCCCAUAUGUAAUGUUAUUUGAAUAAACUGCACAGAAAAUUA